AUGCGGCUCCACCUUACCAUUCAGCGGCACGGUUUGCCUGUAACGCGCAUUCUCUGGACUACUUCACCGCCAUCGCUCUUCGGACACAAUCAUCCCAACCCCUCGUCCAUAUCACCUGCCUCCUCUUCCGCUGUGACGUCGUCGCGUAUGCCCAAUGCGUUAUACGGCAACGGGGGAUACACAAUCGCACAGUUGCUGGAGGACGUUAACGAGGUCAUUCCGCUGGAGACAGAGCCGCGGCUGUUUGAAGAUGAAACAAGCGGACAGUGGGGCUUGGAAGACUACGUGGUUGAAGUUGGGGGCUCGGAAUGUUUGCAUUUCAUGGAAAUAGAAGGAAUCCUUAGGGAUGGCGAUGAAGUCCUAAUACGUGCCCUACAGAUCUUCGACCUCAAGGCAAGGCAGAUAUCCGGCCGGCACCAGAUAUCGGCUGACGGAAGGCAUCUUAUUGACGGGGUUCCUUUUGGGAAGCCAUUCUUGAAAAGAUUGACGUCGUCAAGGCCUGCUAUAGCGAUACCGCCUAGAAAGAAAAGACGCACUGCUCUUGCACUCUGGGGAAAUGGCAGUGCUUAUGAUGAGGAAGACUCGGACUGGGCUCCCUCGGUUCCUCAGCAUGCCGGUACUGGGAAAGAGCUUUCUCUGCUUAAGCCGGAGAGUGAAGCUGGAAAGACGGACAGGGAUAUGGACGAGUAUGAGGACGCCUACCAAGAUGACUACGAAGAUUAUCACGAACCGAACGAAGAUGGUGAUGGGACUGUCAUCCGACAUGAUAUGGAUAAAACGAGUAAGGGCAUAGAGAGCGAGGACGACGAUGACGUCUCUAGUCCUGAAAUCGGAGAUCUCAGCGAAGAAAUACAGGAUCUCAAGAGAGAUAUGGAGCUUUCAGGGUUGUUACCCGAAUCAAGGAUAUCUGAUGUGAAGGCUCAUUGCAGCUAUUCUUUGCGUUCGAGACCGAGCAAUUCUCAAACAGAGCCUAGAAAAAGCUCGCUUUCACGUAGAUCAUUCGGCAGACCCGCUGAUGGAGACGUCUCGCGAAGAGAGUCGAAGCGCGUCAGUUUCGACAAAUCAAAACAAGAGUUGGGGACAGCGAAGUCUCAGAGCUUGGUUCCAAGGGCUGGUUCGACUUCGGAAGAACCGGACGACUCUGUCUCGAGCGAUAGCGAUAGCGAUAGCUCCGUGAGUGGCUCCAGUGCUUCUGAGUCGAGCGAGGAAGACUCAUCAUCCGAUGACGCUGAGUCCGAGUCUGAAUCUGAAUCUGAAUCUACGUCCGCGACUACAUCUGAUUCGUCUCUUGAUUCAGAGAGUGAUUCUUCGUCCGAAAGCUCGGCAUCUGAGUCAGAAUCUGAACCUGAAGAUGUUGGCAAAUCGAAACCUGUCUUAAAGCCGACCCACGAAGCCAAACCCCCUGGGACAGGUUCAGAGAGGACAAGAAAGUGUAAUCGACGAGCUAAAAUGCGGCGGCGACUUACUAAGCUUAAGCAAAUGGGUUUCCUCGAUGAGAAUGCAAAUUUCGAUGCUCUCCGAGAAUGGGACUCGAAGAACAGAGACUCCGACUUUUCUUUCACAAAGCCUGAUUUAGAAAGUCGAAAAGCGCAGGAACAGGAAGAGUUUGAGGCGAAACGUCGUAAGCUGCUCCGUGACUUAGAGUCCGGGGGUGUUGACGUUUCGUUUGUCUCUGAAAAGGAGAAUCUAACUCCGAACUCGAUUGGCCCUGACACGACGGAGCUGCCUGAAGAUCAGGAGGAGCACUAUGAGACUGCCAAUGACGCAACUCCAGCUAACGCUGAACUUUCGAAACGCCGUUCUCUGGAUGUAGCCAGCACUCGCCGGCUUCUUUUCGGCUCCCUUGGUGUAAAAAACCCUCGCUCUAAGGAGGAAGAGGAAGCCACGCGGAAGAGAUUGGUGGGCAAGGUUCGAGAAAGCAUACUUCACCCAACCGAGCGUCAACAGGAGGAGCAGGGCUUUGCCGAGACCCAUGAAGGUGAGCCGCAUGUGGACUGGCACGAGAAACUUGUACUUGGAGCUACGGAAUGUGUCUACGACGACAUUGAGCUAAGUGCUCCGCCGUUCCCAUUCGAACAACGUUGGGACAACGAAGCUGGGGAUGAGAUAAGGCGACGGAGAGGCCGCAACAAGAAAAGAAAGAGGAGACAACAGCUCCAGGUCUACGAUGAGGGAGCUUAUGGUAACGAAGACUAUUAUGAUGGCGAGGACCAACAACUGAACUACGAUGAUUCUGAGCAACCAGAAAUUGAGUCUGAGAACAAGGAGGGAAUGGAUGAGAUGACAACCAGGACGACUGCUGAGCCUGAGGAUGACCUCCCGGAUCUCCCAGAUGAUCCAAGUAGUCUACCUGACCUUGUAAUAAACGACCUGAAACCGGGUACUGUGGUCGCUUUCAAGCAGCUAGAUGUCUCAAAGGCUACAAACUGGCAGCCCACAGUGUCAGACUAUCGUGUCGCUGUGGUUAGCGAAGUCUUCGACGACAAUAUUCUCAACAUGCAACUCGCCAAGCCGUACAGAAGACAACCCAGGGAUGCAGACGCUGAAGAGGGACCCUUCAGUUACAGCGGGUUUGAGAUGCCUGGCAUGGAAGAUGACGAGGGAGUGGACGAUGGGUUUCGCGAAGUGCCGUUUGACGAUCUUAUUGGACCCAAGGUGCUCCGCGCUGCCCCUUCUACAGAUGGUAGAGAGAAAGAUACCGCCAACAUUCGUCUGGAGCUUACCCGUCCAAGCUUUCCUGCAGACGAAGUGCCACCUGCACAAGAGCCUAGCCAAUCUGCGAACGACGCGCCAACUGCAAUCAAUGGGCACGAAAACCAGCUUGUACAUACAUCUAGUCAGCGAGAAAUAUCAUAUCCUAGUGGCAAACGAGUUAGCACGCCCGAUCCCGCGCCUCUAGAAGACAGUUUUGCUCGGUCACCUCGGUUUGAAGGUUUUGACGACUCAAUGGAGACUACCAAUGGAACCGACACGGUGAAUUCGAGUUACAUUCGUGACGAAAAUCCCGGAGAACACUACUGA